GUCUGCUUUGUUCUUCACUGUCAUACUGCCCGUGUAUCUUGAGUGGUUGUGUUUUCGCUAUCGAGCAAAAUGUCUCAGGUGUAUGAAAACAUCUUUCGUGACGCUCUGAAAGAUUUCAGAGGAUGGCUUGAUUUCAGGCUAUUGUAAUUCGUUGGAGGAGGUAAAACAAAGCAUUUCUUCAAGCAAAUGCAGGAACAUGUCCCUAUCCCCUUUUUUGGUUGUGCAUUUGCAGUGGAGAGUGUGUGGUCAAGGCACUGUGUUUUGGGGCCGAAAUACUAUAAAAGUAAAGAGUCUAGUGUACCUGAGCACUUGGAAGACCAUGUGACUCCUCGUAAGAGAUUGAGGAUCAUGGAUACUGGAAAAUCCAACUGCCCAACAACUUUAAAUAUGAAGUGUAUAAGGGUGUAUCCUGAUUACAGUAUGCACUCAGCAACUGAACACAGGGAUACCAAGGCAAAAGUUCUUGCAAGUCUACAGAAAGAUUUGGCAUUGCCAUGCCCGCCGAAGGGCUACCUACGUUAUUAUUUGACUGCUUCUCCAGCAAGUGCGCACACACACAUGCUACUGAAAGUGUUGAAGCAAGUGGGUACAUACAUCCUUCACUUGUAAAGGAAAUCAAAAACUUAGUAAC